AUGUCGUAUCCAAAAGAAAUUCUCUUCCCAGCAAUUAAUAAAUCAGUCGUUCGACGUCUACUGCUUCGUAACAAAACAAAAACUGAUUUUGCUAUAAAAGUGAGAACAAAUUGUCCAGCAUUGGUAAUAGAGCCGGCUCAGGGAUUUCUUCGAGCCGGACGUAUUCAGUCCGUUUCGCUCCGUUUUGAUGGUGCGCAAAAAACAUCGAAACGAUCAAUCGAAAUUUACUGUCGUCCGGUGGAUAAAAGAUCGGAGGCUGAAUGUCGUCGUUGGUUUUUGACACCGACAGAAUUUAAAGAAUCGACCAGUCAACUUGCACAAACAUUGCAAAUUAAGACGAGCACCGGUUUUACACCUCUUGAGACAGUCCUUGAUCUUCCAUGCCAAGCGAUUGCCUUUCAAGCAGAGCAACAUCCCACUCAUAUGACAAAUGAUUCGGAUACGGUCACUGCUCAUCAAAUUGAUAGCGGUACCGCAACUGGUUGUGCGAUAUCGGAAACAGAGUUAUUAGCGAUGCUUCCACCAGACUGGGUGCUAAAUACAGCACAAGGAAUUGAUGGAAACGAUUGGAAUGGAAAUAUUUUAUCAUGGUCACGUCCUAACUGUAGAUGGCUUGAAAAAUUCUUUGAUUCAAUCUUUCCACCUGAUGAAACACAGGAAACAAUUGCACCUUGUGGAGCAAGCCGAUAA